AAAAUCUCACGCUUUUAAUACAGGCUGAUGUACGGCUGGUUGGUUGGUGGAGUGUUGGGAUUCAGACCAGAAACAUUCCGUAAAGUAAACGGAUAUUCCAACAUGUUCUGGGGCUGGGGAGGGGAAGACGACGAUAUGUACAAUAGAAUACGUCAUGCAAGAUUCCGUGUGAUAAGACCUCCAAAUUCCAUCGCUAGAUAUACGAUGAUUCGUCACAAGAAGAGGAAACGAUGGUUGAAGAGAUAUGAAGUUCUCAACACGUGGAAAACAAGGUUAAAAACCGAUGGAUUGAGAAAUGUUCCUUACAAACUCAUGUCUUCUCAUAUUUACACGUACUAUACUAAACUCAGAAUCGAUGUCGGAGUACCCGAUUUUCCUAUAGAAGAAGAUAAUUUUACAGUGACAACAGAAAGUACAAGAGAAAGUACCCUGUAA